CCUCAGAUCACACAGCUAUAAUGAGAAUGAACAGUGAUACUAAAAGACAGGAUGCUGAUGACUCAAGCCUGGGUUCAUGUGACACAGACCACAGAUACACUUGAGCAGUUCCUGCUCAAGUGUAUAAAAACCUGGCAGAAAAACAAGAGCAGCAGUAACCUGGAAGACCAAAGCACCAUGAGGAAUCCCACCCUGUGCGUCCUGCUCUGUCUGGUGAUUGCAGCUCAUUCCAGUCCAAUAUCAACAGCUCUCAACAAGCAAGAUGAGGACAUGGCAGAGCGGUACCUGAAACAAUUCUAUGACUUGCAAGAGUCAGAUACUAUAGGUCCUUUGCGCAAAACAAGCCUGCAGAAUCUGAAACUACGUGAGAUGCAACAGUUUUUUGGACUCCAUGUGACGGGAAAGCUGAACCCUGAAACUCUGGAGGUCAUGAAAAAGCCUCGCUGUGGAGUUCCUGAUGUUGCUGAAUAUUCCAUUUUUGGUCAAGAGCUCAAAUGGCACACCAACAAGUUAACAUACAGAAUUGAAAACUACACACCUGAUAUGACUGUGGCUGAAGUGGAUGAUACCAUUGAAAGAGCACUACAAGUGUGGGCAAAAGUUACUCCCCUGAGAUUCACCCGCAUCCACUCGGGCAUAGCUGAUAUCAUGGUGUCCUUUGGUGGCGGAGGUCAUGGUGAUUACUAUCCUUUUGAUGGGCCAGGUGGUACUUUAGCUCAUGCCUUUGCUCCCUCUGCUGGAAUUGGAGGUGACGCACAUUUUGAUGAGGAUGAGAAUUUCACUUACCGUUCCUCUCGUGGUUACAUAUUGUUCUUGGUGGCUGCCCAUGAAUUUGGACAUUCGUUGGGCUUAGGCCAUUCACAGGACCUCGGAGCGCUCAUGUAUCCUAUGUACAUUGAAAGAGAUCCUGACAAUUUUGUGUUGUCAGCAGAUGAUGUCAUGGGGAUACAGUCUCUUUAUGGCCCAAAUCUCAAUGUGAACCCUGAAGACCCUCGUCCUAAGCCUCCCACCACACCCAACGCCUGUGAUCCUAAGAUGGUGCUUGAUGCUGUCACAACUUUCCGUGGAGAGAUGCUAUUCUUCAAGGACAGAUUCCUCUGGCGGAGUUAUCCACUGAGACCAAAUCCUCAACUACACCUAAUGAGUAACUACUUCCCGGAUGUCCCGGAGAAUAUUGAUGCAGCUUACGAAAACCCAAAAUCUCAGACAGUGUUCAUUUUCAAAGGUCAAAAGGUUUGGGCGCUGGAUGGACAUCAUCUUGAAAAGGGAUAUCCUAAGAGCAUAAGCAGCAUGGGUUUACCAAACUCUGUGAAGCACAUCACCGCUGCACUUCAUGAUCCUGCCACCAGCAAGACGUUGCUCUUUGUUGACAAGUACUACUACAGCUAUGAUGAAAUUCAGAGGAGAAUUGAUUAUGGAUAUCCUAAACUGGUGGCAAAGACUUUUCCACGGAUGACUGAAAAAGUGACAGCUGCUACCAUAUUCAAAGGUUAUGCAUACCUCUACAGUGGCCCCAAGAUGUAUGAAUACCACUACAGGACCAAGGCAUUGUACCGAAAGCUGAGCACAAACUAUUUCCUCCCCUGUUAGGUGUUAUGGACACGC